UAGUUCCACGUGACCAGUUGAGAUGACGUCAGUGUCGAAGCAGCAAAGUUUAAUGGCCGAGAGUUUUACGAGUAGUUGUUGCUUUUCCAUUUGGUUGUAAUCGGUUUCAGGUCCGGACCGGAUUAGUCCUACGGGCACCCGGAUGACAGGCUCGCUACAAGACGGCAAGUUGAGGAAAGCAGCAGCGCUGAGCUUCAGGGAAAUCAGGACCGAGGCAGAAAUCUUCACGGAGUCUGGGACGACUGUGAACAGCGACGUGCGCCCCCCGGUGGUGAGAACACAACAACAGAAGAGAGAGGAACCGGACAGGAGUGGAGGUGUGGAUGAGAUCAGAUGGAGCCAGAUAAGCUAAUGAAGAGCUUUGACAGUGAUGAGGAGAUUUUAGAUUCUCUGUUUAAGGGGAAGCCAGUGGAGUUGUUGCAGAGCGCGGGUGUUGUGAUGGGUGGUUUGUGAUAACAACACGUGCUGGUUCUGGAGGGAUGUGCUGGGGAGCCCAAAGAGGUGGAGUCAGUCCAGGAAGUGACAAGACAUCACGCAGGUUUGUGCCACUCGGACAAAGAGAACUGAGUGGAGUUCUGUUUGUCAGGACCUUAGUUGGAUCUGCUGUGGACCAGGACGAGAACAGCUGCUUUAGUGAAGAUCUGGACAUCUGCAAUGGGGGACGCCUUUGGUUUGGUCUACUGUCUGGCUAAGGAGGAGGACUAUGAGCAGGUCAUGAAGAUCUGCACUUCAAAGGACUACAACGGACUGGACUACCUGCCUGCCUUCUUUCACCGCUGGCUGAAGGAACCUGGACGGAUCGUCCUCUUGGCUUGGAUGAAAGACAGAGUGGUGGCGCUGGAAUCUGCCUUGCUCGUGGAUGGGGGUCAGACGGUUGUGUUUCAGGGUCGCAGGGUGGUUUCUGACCUCAGAGGCAGUGGCAUCGCUGGCGUCCUCCACAGUCAUGUGACCUCCUACGUCCGCAGUCAGUACCCAGAAGUCUGUGCUGUCAGAAUGAGCCGAGGAGACCAUCCUUCAGAACGAAUCCUGUCUAAAUACAGACUUGUUGCUAAAGAGACAGGUGUUCUCGUCAUCAGAGCAUCUCUGGAGGAGAACCCGGACCAGGACAAGAUCUGUGGAAUGGAUCAGAUGGAUGUUAACGGGAACUAUCUACAUUCUGUCAGAGAAACCAGAAGAACCUCUAGAUCUGACCCAGAAUCUGCACCUGGACCCAAAUACAAAGAGCAGCAGAACCAGUUCCAUCCAGUAAACCCAGAAGUUUCAAACAAAAACGCUUCAACGAGGACCGAUUGAUCCACUUUACGCCCAGAAUCAGAACCAGGGGAUCUUUUAAUCUGGAAACUCCUCCGACAAACAUCAAGCGAAUCAAUAAGACACGAGG